GGUUAAAAGGUAACACGGAAAAGGAAUAAAGAUAAGGCUACACUUGACAUUUUGUCUUUGACGCUGCACCUUCAUCUUUUCCUUAACCUCUUCUUCCAAGUAAACUCUCUUCUCCUUCUUCUCCAUCUCUCACUACACAUUCUCCCUUCCUUCUGCAAUGGCUGCUGCAAUCCACGCUACCAAGCAACAAAAGUUACCUCUUCAACAAAACCAACAAGACCCAAAUAAAUUCUAUUACCAUUUCCUCUACAAAGCGGCACUCUUUCUCAUAUUCUUCGUUAUUCUCCCCCUGUUCCCCUCACAAGCUCCUCAUUUCAUCAACCAAUCACUCCUCACCAUAAACUGGGAACUCCUCCACCUUCUCUUCGUCGGUGUCGCCAUCUCUUACGGCCUCUUCAGUCGCCGAAACCACGAGGCAGAGAAAGAGAAUAACCACUCCAAGUUCGACACCGCCCAAACUCUUGUCUCUAAGUUCCUUCAGGUCUCUUCCUUCUUCGAGGACGAGGCUGAAAACCCUCCUGAGUCCGAUGAAACCAAAGUCCAAACGUGGAGCAACCAACACCGCAGGAAUGAACCUGUGGUUGUGGUUGCUCCACCGUUGAAAAAGCUUUCUAGUUUUGAUGACCAGAGUGGGGACAAGCCCUUGCUUUUGCCCAUUCGAAGCCUCAAGUCUCGCUUGUCUGAUGAUGAUAAAGAUGUUGAUGUUCAAUCUCUAAAUAGGUCAAUGAGUUCUAGAAGAUUUUCAAGCACUUUGAAUAGAAAAGGUGAAGUCGUGGAAGCUGAUGGCGCGGGUGCUGCUGUUGAUGUUCAAUGUCUGAAUAGGUCAAAAACCUUCAAUAGAUUUUCAAGUAAUUCAAGUAAAAGUGCUGAAUUUGUAGCGGGUGAUGUUGAUGAUCAAUCUCUAAAUAGGUCAUCGAGUUCCAAAAGGUUUUCGAGCAACUCGAAUAGAAAAGCAGAAGUUGACGCCGAUGAUGUUGAUGUUGGUGUUCAAUCUCUAAAUAGGUCAGCAUCUUCUAAAAGAUUUUCAAGCAAUUCAAAUAGAAAUUCAGAAGUUGAAGGACCAAGAGCUGAGGACAAAAAGAAAGAGAGUGUGGUGCUUCCUUCUCCCAUUCCAUGGCGUUCUAGAUCAGGAAGAAUGGAACCUAAGCAAGAAGAAGUUGACGAUGCAUUUUCCCAUCAAUCUUCAAAGGAAGAAUCCGAGUUCUCCAAGGUGGAAUCUCGCCCACCGAAGCCUCAAACUUCACGUUCUUUUCGAGCAAGUUCCUUGUCUUCUUUAUCGACAGAAUCACUCGCCAAAAACUCAGAGGAUUUAGUGCAGAAGGGAUUCUACAAAUCCUGUCCUCCCCCACCUCCACCACCCCCACCAAUGAUGUAUCAGAAAUCAGUGUCCAUGAAGCCAAGGUACGGUGGUUCAUUCAUCGAACCCUCCUUCGAUAAAGAGUUGAAGAGAAGCUUCACAAGUGAGAAAAACAAGCCAACGGGGAAAAAACUUGCUGAAGAAAAAAAAUCCAUGCAACUCACGUCGUUUAGAAGUGACAAGCUCACGGGACAUGCAAGCGUGCCUCUGGUGACACAGGCAGUUGAGAAAGAAAGCUAUCUUGACAAGGUACUUGUGGAAUCUGAUGAGGACGAUGAAGAAGACACGGAAACCGAGGAUGAAGAUGUCGGAGGAGGAAUCAUGGUUGAGAACGAGGGAAAAGCGAAGGGUGGAGCUGUUAUUGGUGGAGAAAGUUCAAAAACAGAUAGUGGUUUCAGUGGAACAAGCGGUGAUGAAGGACCAGAUGUGGAUAAGAAGGCUGAUGAGUUCAUUGCCAAGUUCAGAGAGCAGAUAAGGCUUCAGAGAAUUGAGUCUAUCAAGAGGAGUACAAGGAAUGCAAGAAACUCUUCAAGGUAAAUAAUAUUGAAGAUCCAUAUCCAUAUAUCAUAUCCUUCUAAAUGGGAUGUAAUUAAAUUGACAAGGAUGUUUCUUUCCACAGAUUAAGGUUGUAAUUGGAUACUCCUUUCCUCUUCCCCAUAAACAGUUAUGGCAUAGACAGAUUUACUGAUUUUA